AUUUAAUUAAUAAUUACGUGUUUAAUAAUGGAAGAACGUCGAUUGCCACCUCAUUUAAGAAGAACUCAGUAGUAAUAGCCAAUCAAUCGAGAACCUGAAUAGCCUGUGUAAUAAGCUCCUGUGUAACAAAGAUAAGCAAAUCCAUACUAAUAACCAUAACAUGAAAAACAUUAAUAAUAAUAAUAUUUAGGUCAAUAACAAUAACAAUAACCUUAAUAAUAAUAGUAUCACCCAUAAUAAAAUAUUACACAACAAUAGGAAUAGCGAAAACCACCAAAAAUAGAUGUUGAUCAAAUUCCAAGACCAUAUAUAAAGUCAGAAGAAUCUCUAAUGUACUAAUAGUAACGAUAAAUAUUUAUAAGAGGUUCUCCACAGGUCCAGCACCAUUAUAUCAUCCUCCAUCAGUACAUUAAUUUUAUUAGACAUUUGAUGAAGGAAAUUGUGGACCAAGAUAUAUGAGAAGUUCAGUUUAUGCAAUAGGAAAUGAACCAUCUAUUUUAUAAUAAACAGAGAUUCCAUUUGGAAUUGUUGUACAACCUUUAAUGGAACCAUCUGUUUUUGAAUCAGAAAUACCAUAAGUAGAAUUUACAAAUGAACCUUUGCGUUGUUAGAGAUGUAAGGCUUAUGUCAGUCCUUACUUUUAAUUUGGUUAAGGAGGCAAUAUUUAUAUUUGCAAUAUUUGUAAAAUGAAGAAUACAGUACCACCUGAUUAUUAUUGUGUUUUGGGUUAAGGAAAUUAAAGAGGCGAUAAAUAUUAGAGAGAUGAAUUAAAUAAAGGUUGUUAUGAAAUAAUAGCUCCAACUAGUUAUAUAAAAAAAGAAAUCAAAAAUACUUUGAUAUUAUUUUGUAUAGAGUUGACUUAAAUAUCAGUAGCAAAAGGUAUAUAUAGUUAAGUGAUUUCUUCACUUUAAUCAAUAUUGGAUACAAUUCCAUAUCCAAAUAAAACUGAUAUUGCAUUUAUUACUUUUGAUUCUAAAAUUUAAUUUUAUAAUUUACCUCAAAAUUUAACAGGAGAACCUUAAAUAAUUGUAGUAAGUGAAAUAGAUGAAGUAAAUGUACCACUUCCACCAGAAAAACUAUUUUUGAAUAUUGAAAAUGAUAGGGAUAAAAUUGAUUAUAUGUUAGAAAAAUUAGCUAAAUUUGGGGAAACUAUUACUCAAUAAGCUAAUUAACUUGUUUCAGUUGGAACAGUAUUAUCAAAUGCAGUUCAAUUAAUGUAACCAAGAAGUGGACGUAUUUUGUAUUUUGGAUGUUCUGCUCCUAGAUAUGGAAUAGGAAAAAUAACAUAAAAACCAACUGAUACUAAAUUAUUUGGUACAGAUUAAGAAAAGCUUUUUUAUUAGCCUUCAGAUCAAGCAUAUGUGAAAUUAGGACAAACAUGUCUCAAAAAUCACAUAUCAGUUGAUUUAUUUAUUGCUAAUGAUGAAAAUUUUGAAUUAGCUACUGUUUCCCCUGUUUCUAAUAUUACUGGAGGAAGUAUUUAUUUUUAUCCUCAUUAUAAUUAAUAAAUUAAUGGAACUGAACUUCAUUAUUCAUUAUAUAGAAAUCUCACUAGAGCUUAUGCUUAUGAUCUUAUUAUGACUGUAAGAACCUCUCCAGGAAUUAUAUUAUUUGAUUAUUAUACAGGAAGUGGAAAAAUAUCAGUCAGAGAUUUAGAAUUAUCUUCUUUAAAUUCAGAUCAAUCAAUUGCAAUUAUGCUUAAGUAAGAAGAAAAAAUACUAGAUCCUGAAGCACAUAUUUAAUAUGCUUUAUUGUAUACUAAUUAAUAAGGAUAAAGAGUUAUAAGAGUUUUUAAUUUACAAUUAUAAGUUGUUAAUAAAAACAGUGGAAAUAAUGCAUGGCAUAAUAUUUUUAAAACAGGAGAUGUGGAUUGUAUUGCUACUUUGCUAAGUAGAAAAAAUCUACCAAACAUUAUGGUUUAAUAAAUUAAAUUAAUUAGAUAAAGUCUAUUUGAAUCUAUUGUAAAUAUUUUACAUGCUUAUCGAAAAUAUGUAUCAUCUAUAUUUUAUCUAGUGUUCCAGUAAUAGUCCAUCAGGAUAGUUGAUUUUACCAGAAGCUAUCAAAAUCUUACCACUCUACAUAUAAACAUUAUCAAAACGUGAUAUACUUAAAUAAGGAAAUGUUAGAAUAGAUAAUAGAAUUUUCGAAAUUCAUUUAGUUUUGACUCAAUCUAUGCAUUUUCUUAAUAAUUUCUUUUAUCCAAAAUUAUUCCCUAUUCAUGAUAUUAAUUCUUAACUUGUGUCUGAUAAAUAUUAAGUAGGCAGUAUCACUGAAGAAGAAAAGACUGUAUUACCUCAUAAUAUUGCUACAACAAUAGAUAAAAUUAAAUCAGAUGGAAUUUAUAUCCUCGAUACAAGCUAAUUUAUAUAUAUAUAUGUAGGAUAGAAUGUUAAUCCCUCACUAUUAAACAAUGUAACAUAAUUAUUUACUUUUUAGCUUUUUGGAGUUAACUCUUUUGCAGAAUUAAACUCAAUAGAAUUAUUUACCAAAUUAAACACUGAUUAUAGCGGCAAAGUAUAAAAUAUAAUUGAGUCUUUAUAAUAAUUCAGAGGUGGAACAUAUGUUCCAGUUAGAGUAAUUCGAUAGAAGUAAGAAAAUAUAAAAUAUCUAUAGUUCUCCAUAAGCUGCCUUAGUACAAUCUAAAUUAGUAGAAGAUGAAUAAUAACUUGAAAAAUCAUAUGCUGAUUAUCUUUGUGAAUUGCAUGGAGCCAUCUAAAAUAAAGGAGGUGUGUGA